AUGAUCUUCGCAUGUGCAACGGAUAACCAAGGAGUGGAGAAGCCCUCCGGCGACAAGGAGAGCAGAAGAAAGAAGAGCGACAAGAAGAAGGAGAAGGCGAAGAAGAGAAAGAAGGGCAAGAAGUCGAGUAGCUCCUCCCAGUCCUCUUCCGGCGAGGAGAGCGAGACGGAGCCAUCGCAGGAUGGCUUUGAAGAUGCGGCGGCGACCUUCGGUUUGGGCAAGCGGGACAUGUCAAGGAGCAUGGAGCUGGCGACCCUGGUCGAUCUUGAUGCUCGGCCCACCGCUUUGGUUCUCUCGAAGAUAACCCCUCUGGUUAUUGCCAACGACAUAUUCGAGAUGGGCGGGGAGCUGGAGUCUCUGCUUCGAGACCGAUCCAUGACGGCGAAGAAGAGCCGGGCCAAGAAAGAGCAGGAGGAUGCUCUCUUCCAGAUGAAGACGGCCGCGACGGUCUGGAAGCGGAGGAAGUACCCGGGGGGCAAGGACGCCUGGGGCAAAGCACUGGAGGACAUGCUGAAGGAAUCCCGCGAGGCAGCUUCGGAUGAUCUGAAGCAGCAGAUCAAGAAAGUCGAGAAGCCCAGGAAGGGCAGGGAUCCGCAUGCCAAAGCGGCCAAGGAAACAAAGAAGCACGCGGAGCCGGAGCCCGAGGCCUCUGACCUCGACAAGGAUGGCCCUGAGGAGUCGCUGCCCAGCCCCUCUGCUGCACCGUACGUCGAUUCUCCGUCGGAGCAGGAGGACGGCGACGAUGAUGUCUUUCAGGGUGAAUUCAAGCUGCCCUCCGAGAAGGAGGGGGGGCUGGACGCCUUGCUGGCGAAAGUGGCCUCGAAGGUCAAAGAUGUUGCCGACGGCUUUGAACGUUCGGUGCUGGAGUCUCUGCCAGGAGACCUAUCCCCGGCCGAUUUCAGCUAUUGGCUGCUGUGCCUCGACAAGGAGGCCUUGACUCAGAUGGAGCACUUCAAUUUGGGCAUCCAAGGUGCCCUUUCGGGGAAUCUUGGGCCUGGCAAGAGCUUCUUCAUGAAGAUGUCCCUGAGGGCCCGAAAGACUUUUGAUGAUUGGGCCUCCAAGAUCCCUGGUGUGAUCUCAGCACCGCCUACGGCUUCAGCUGCACGCAGUCUGCACUAUUGCAUUGUCCUAGGCACAAUCUACAAAAGCUUGCAGCUGACUCCAGCCCCCCAAGGCACCACCAACCUCGACGCCGUCACGACGCCCGACGACCGCGAAUCCCACGUCCUGAGGGCCACAGGGUGUUGUGAAAACGCGGCCGUGGAGUUCUGUGCUCUUAGCCCAGACAUGCUGCCAGUGAGUGAUCAGGUCAUGGCUCUUACAGAAACACGAGGCAUGAACACAAGAACUAACGCGACCAUGGCAGCCGCUUCCUGGAUAGAAGGCAGGAUAGAGAAGCUCCAAAUGCUUCUGCAGGAUGAAGAAAGAGAGGAUCUCAGGAAAAACAUCCAAAAAAAGAUAGAGUGGGUGGAUGCUUGCUUCACUAGCAACAGACCUCUCGGGACCCUCGACGUCAGCCCUCCAGUCUGGGAGGAGGCAUUGACGAGCUUCCGGGCCCGAGCGGCCUCCUGUGGCCUUUGGUUUCGGCCGAGAAUCUUCGGUGCUGAUGCACCAGCAGCUGCCAAUGACAAUGCCCAGGCCGCGGAAGCAGCAGCUUCAGACAGCAGCUGUAGUCCUGGGCAAGACUACCACAACUUCGAGACCCUCUACCUGUCCUGCCACAAAGCUGUCAAAGGAAUUCUACAGCUUCACAAGGUGACUGAGGACAUCCAAGGCUACCGAAUGCUGUUCAGGGUAGAAGAGCUCUGGUCUUUGGCCAAGAGGCAACAGCACUUCCACAACUUCUUUUCGCUGAGCUACCUAAAUAACAAGGAAGGCCUCGUGAUGGAUGUCUGUGAAUCCUGGAAAGUUGAUCUUAUCAACUUUCAUUGCAUCCGCAAAGCGAGCUACAAGGGCCAGAACUCCAAACUGAACCCGGCUCGCCUCCGCUUGCCCUUCGACGGGCUAACCGUGCCCGGAGCGAUUUUCAUGGCAAGCUAUGUCUUGCAAAGCCGGGGCUGCAAAGAGGAGAUGCAAGCAACUGCUCUGACAACAUUAGAUGUGAUCUUGGGGACCUCUGUUGUGGAAAGCUUGCGAUUGCCUUUGAUCCCGGGGAACGAGGCCUGUCGAUUGCAAAUACACGAUGGCCAUGUGUCUUUGGCCUCCUGGCAAGCCUUCUUGGAGUACGCGAAUCUGACACAGAGGUGGCAGAGCUGCAAGAUCCUUUCCAAGGAAGAGCAGUCAGUGGACACAGGCCUUCGCCUGGCUUUGGUCGUGUGGAAUGGACGACGAUUGAAGCUGGAAUGCAAGCCAAAAUCGGAGAUGGCCAUCUCCCGCUUCCUAUCACGUGGCGGUGGCUUCUGCAGCAGCCAGGCAGAUGCAAGCUUGAAGGAGGUGGGGCUCGAGUCGCUCUGCCCCACGCAUUACAAUAGGACGACGGCUGACUUUGUGCACCGCUACCUCUGCAAGACCCAAGCCAAGGUGCAGCAGGUUCUCAGUGGCCUGAAGAACAAGUCCAUCGCAUUGAUAUGCGAUGCCAGCCCCAAAGCGAAGCACGACGAGUCUAGCGAUAAACUGGCCGUGGCGGCCAUGGUCGCCGACUCCCACACCAAAGCCGUCCUGGGCGAGCAGACAAAACCCCAGGAUAAGAAAAAGUUGCCGAAAGCUCUCAAUGCUUUAAAGGAGGACAGACUAUCGGCGAAGCAAGAGCUCAAGGCUGUGGCUAAUGUGCUGAGCCACAUUGGCCUCUCCCUGGACCAGCUGUUCCCGACCUCCCCGUGUAUUGCAGUCGACCCCGACACCGAGGAGAGACGACUUCACGCGGUGGGCGAUGAGGUGAUGGGCUAUGUCGUGAACAGAGAGACAGGCAUCAGCCGAUGGGACACGCAUAUGCCGGAUGAGGCCCUCCGCCGGUUCAUCAGGGACGAGCUGCACAAGAUCCAUGCCCACAUGGGACGAGUUACAUCCUGCAGCCCGAUCAUCAAAAGAAUGACGCUUUUGAGCGGCUGGCUCUUCAGAGCCAAGAAGUCUCCUUGGGGUACAAGCAAUGUUGCCUCCACCUUGAAAGAGGCUCAGCCAGACGAUGUGCUGAUGGAGCUUUUCAGCCGGGACAUCUUGAAGGAGAACGACCUCCCCUUCACAUCGGAUGCCAAGCUGAAUUUCCAGAGGACCGUCGACAUCCUCGGCAAGACUAUCAAGUACAACAGUGAGAGCUUCUCUUGGUCGCGAUGGUGCUCAUGGGCCCAUACUGCUGCACACUUCCAGAUGUCGAGCACUUUGUUGCUGAUCCUAUGGAGCUCCAUCGAGGUGGGCAAGAACCCACUCAACAUGGAAGCCCUGCAGAAGGAGAGCGAAUCCAGUCAGAUGGCCCUGCACAAGUUCACCCUGCGAGCAAACACCGACGAGCUGGAGAUGACUAUCUCGGCCCUCGCAUCAGAGUGCCUGUCCUUGAAAGUCUUGGACAUGGCCCCGGACGUGGCCAUCAAUGGACAGGGAUUGGAUGUCAAGUUCCGCCGGUGCUGUACGUUUCAGACAGUGCUGUCUGAGUCGCUGGGAAUGUACCUUUGUGCAGCACAAGAGUUUCUGGAACACUUUCUGUAUCUUCGAAGCUCGCCAUCCAAAGCCGCCGCUCUGAUCGCCCCUGACUCGCAGCCAGAGACCAAAAGGCUCAUCCUGAGCCAGAUGAAAGCCGAGUGGGAAAUGAUCUUGAGGCUUGAAAAGAGCCCGGCCAAGGCGGCCGAGCUGCACGAGCACUGUCGGUAUGUGGGCUACCAGGCCUACAGAGAGCUGCUCGCAGGCUGGGAGAAGCACCAGUGGAAGGAGCACCCUGAGGCCUUGAGCCUCACUUUGUCUUACUUCCCCGAGGUCGCUUGGUCAUCGAACAUCGAAAGCUUGUUCAAGGAGAUGACAACGGCUGUCAAAAGGUCGGGCCAGUCUGACGUGGGCUCCCUGCCCAACCUAAUGGCUGUGGCCAUCCGCGGGCUCCAUCGUCGAUUGUGCAUCGGCGAGGACACUCCCACGCCGUUGAGCCUUGAGAAAGGGGAUUGGACCGGACCUCAAGCUUCUUUCCUCCGGCCGAAGAUCUUCAAUCCCACGUCAGCCGUCCCCUGCCAGAACUUUUGCUUCGACAGCAUUUGCAAGCCCUUCCCGUCGACCUCCGCUUUUCAUCACAACCACCACUCGCUCAACUUCAUGUCUGGUUUGAUGCUUGCAGAUUCGAUGGGGCGAGAUCCCGCCGCGGAAAUCCCUCAUUUCUGGGUGCCCGAGACCAUCUUCGCAGGAAUGCUUUUCAAGCGCGGUGAUGGCUACUUCUUGUCCUUGGGGCGAACACCGGCGAUCCUCAAUGCUUUGCAGCUCAAGCAGUUGCCUUGGACCUUCACCGGUCCUUUGCCCGCAGAGGAGAAGGAUGAGACCCGAAUCCCGGCAAGCGACGUGAUUGCUGAUGAUGUGCUGUCGGCGAGUGAGAGCAACCCUGCCCUCACUCUCGACAGUGGAAGGCAUCUGGUCUGCAAGCUGCUUGUGAAGGCUGACGAGGUGCGAUUUUAUGAUUACACCAUCCACCUGAGCGACCAGAGCCUGGCAGAGAAGUGUGGCUCAAGCCUCGUCUUGCGACGGGGCACGAAGUCCUUUUCGCUGAUGCCGUUUCUGGUGGAGAAAGGAUUCAUCCUGAAGCUUACGGUUGCGAACCUGAUGGACUUUUUGGCUUCUUGUGGCAUCCGAAUGCCAAAGAACAGUACGAAGGCGGCCCGAAUCAGACGAGUGCUUCAAAUGGACUGCAUCACUCAGGAAUGCAGUCCGGACAAGAUCAGAGCGAUCUUGGAAGUGCUUGACAAGCAGGAGGAGAAGAGAAGAAAGAGAGGAGAGACACAGAACGAGCCAAGUGACGAGGCGGAGAUCCACUGGGAGGAGCUGGAAGAAGAUGCAGCUGCAGUGGCAUGCAGAGAGCUUCUGGUGGGAAUGGGUGAUGGCGACGAUGAUGACGUGCCAUCGGGGGGCGAGGGCGAGGGCGAUGAUUGCCUUUCGAUUGCUCCGAAAACACCGGCAGCUACGAUUGCAAGGCCUUCCAGGGCUGCCCUUUCGUCUACGACGUCGAUCCCGGCAGAGCUUCUGCAAGAGAUGCCCUUGCCCGAUGGCACAUCCGCUCAUAUGAUUACACACAAAGACCGAACGCUGCCGCACUUUCAAGGAAGGUUGCUUUCUGGGGAGCUGUUCGAUGGGAAGAGACUUGGUUGCAAGUAA